GUGCUGUUACAUGUGUUGUUCGAGCAUGCUGCUGGCUAUGCAUUGCUGGCAGUUAAAGAAGUUGAGGAGAUCGGCCUGCUGCUACCUCAGGUGCUGACUGACCCCUGUGUACGCCUGGCUCGGUUGGUAGCUCAAUCGAAAUAAAAACAGAUAAAUCUUGCGCUCAGCAGGCCAAGCCGAGUCUGGAGUGGAGGACAGUAUACUGACCGUUGGCAAAUUCAACAAUAUUGUUAAACUAGCAGCAUUUUCACCAUUUAAAUCUGCUCAGAGUGCCCUGGAAAACAUGAAUGCUAUUUCUGAAGGUAUUGUUCACGAGGACAUGAGACUCCUGCUGGAGACGAACAUGCCGGCUUCCAGCAAGAAAAGGAAGGUGAUCCUGGGGGUGGCCGAUCCGAAGAUUGGCGCGGCGAUCCAGGAGGAGAUUGGAAUCCAGUGCCAGACGGGGGGAGUGGUGGCAGAAAUCCUUCGAGGGGUGCGGCUUCACUUCCACUCCUUGGUGCAGGGCCUGACUGCGCUCUCCGCUGCCAAAGCCCAGCUCGGCCUGGGGCACAGCUACUCUCGGGCCAAGGUGAAGUUCAAUGUGAACCGUGCAGACAAUAUGAUCAUCCAGUCCAUCAGCCUGUUGGACCAGUUAGACAAGGACAUCAAUACCUUCUCCAUGAGAGUCAGAGAAUGGUAUGGGUACCACUUCCCGGAGCUCAUCAAGAUUGUUGCUGAGAAUUACAUGUACUGUCGACUGGCGAAACUGAUUGGGAAUCGCAAGGAGCUAACGGAGGAGAGUCUGGAACCCCUGGAGGAGAUUGUAAUGGACAGCGCCAAAGCCCAGGCUAUCCUGGACGCAGCACGGAGCUCCAUGGGUAUGGAUAUCUCCCCCAUCGAUCUUAUUAAUAUCGAGAGCUUCUCCAGCAGAGUGGUGUCUCUGGCUGAAUACAGGGCGACGCUACAGGAUUACCUGCGCUCCAAGAUGAGCCAGGUGGCACCCAAUUUGGCUGUUCUUAUUGGGGAGGUGGUGGGUGCCCGCCUCAUCUCCCACGCAGGCAGUCUGACGAAUCUGGCAAAGUACCCAGCCUCAACAGUGCAGAUCCUGGGCGCAGAGAAAGCUUUGUUCAGAGCUCUAAAAACCAGAGGAAACACACCAAAGUAUGGCCUCAUCUUCCAUUCAACCUUCAUAGGCAGAGCCGCUGCGAAGAACAAAGGCAGGAUUUCUCGGUACCUGGCAAACAAGUGCACGAUAGCGUCGAGGAUUGAUUGCUUCUCAGAAAUCCCCACCAGCGUAUUUGGAGGCAAACUGCGAGACCAGGUUGAAGAGCGAUUAGCAUUCUAUGAAACUGGUGAAGCUCCACGCAAAAAUAGUGAUGUUAUGAAGGAGGCUGCCACAGAGGCGGCUGAAGUGACAGCAAAAUUGAAGAGAAAGAUGGAGAAGAAAGAGAAGAGGAAGAAGAAAAGAGAGAAAAGGAUGCUGGAGGCCCUGGCUGCUGGGGAAGAGGAGGGGGAGAAGGAGGAACCAGCUGCAAAAAGAGCCAAAACGGAGAGUGAGGAGAACGAAGAUGCAGAAGUGGAGGCGAAGAAGGGGAAAAAGAAGAAGAAAAUGACUGAGGACAAACAGGCGGUGAACAGCUCGUCAAACAGUCUCCAGGAAAUACCCGUCCAGAAGACGAAGCAACAGCUUGUGGCAGAGGGACCAGAAACCCCGGUGUCAGACAAGAGGAAGAAAAAGAAAAAACCCAAGUCUGACUAGGAGCGGCUGGCGACUGCCCUCUUCAUGUGAACUGUCCCUCUGUAAAUCGGUCAGGCAGACUAGGCUGUCCCUCUGUAAAUCGGUCAGGCAGACUAGGCUGUCCCUCUGUAAAUCGGUCAGGCAGACUAGGCUGUCCCUCUGUAAAUCGGUCAGGCAGACUAGGCUGUCCCUCUAAAUCGGUCAGAGAUGGAUUAUUUUUUUACAAAUGUUUUAUUUAGCUUGGUCUGGAGUGUGAGCGCUACCUUUUGUGCUUAUACUGAGGCCUCUGACAUGCCCAGGGUUCUAGUGCUGGGCAUGAGGCUCAGCUACUCCAUUAUGUCCAGGUUUGCUCCUGUGUGCUGUUUGAGGAACUACCUUCAGUGUAUUAGCUGUGUGGCAGGUACCACUAGUAUUCAUGCCUGGUUUGUGCUGGCUCAGGUCAGAUUUACAAGACUGGUAGCUUGCCAGGGCCUGGUAUAUUUGCAGCGAUUGAUGCAGUGGUUACAGCACCAGUAUUAUGCUGGUCAGCACCAGUAGAAAGACAGCACUUCAGUAGGCUGGGGUCAGACUUGGUGACACUGGUCUGAGGUCAAUUUACUGUGCUGGUGGGGAGAGGGGUUGGUUAAAAAUCAGUGAUACGUCCAUCCUGGAGUUUGUAAAUGUGUACAGUUAAUAAAAUUCAAUACAAUGACAAGUCCAGUGUGCUGUAAGAUUUCGGUCUGCAGUUACAGGAGUCAGUAUCUUGCACUGAAGCAGAAAAUGAUUGUGUGGCUGUGGAAUUGCUUUAGCAUUAAUAUAAGGAGUCCAAUGGACCUGUCUAGUUAAUGUAACACCAGGAAUAACAGCAAUAAAGGCCAAUAUUUCAUUUGUGUGAAUGAC